ACAUUUGUAAACAGAAUGCUAGCAUGCUAGAGGGAGAACAUAGAUGAGUAAUUUCUACGAACGAAUUGACUGUAUUUCUCUAGAGUCAAAGCUGAUAUUUCGAUUAUUUUAUAAGGUGAUAUUAUUUAGGAGGUUUAGUUUGUUAGAAGAACGCUUUAACUGAGAGUUAGCACAGGAAUUAGCACGUCUACGCUAAUGUAAUCGAAGCAGUUGUAGGAAUUCAUCCGUUCACUAUGAGUGUUGUGCUGAUUUAUUAAGUCGGAGAUUGAUUCACGUGUCCAUGGGGAAGAGGAAAGACAUGAUUCAUCCCAGAUUUCUCGCAGCAAGCGGGGAUGAUUAUAACCUCCACAAGAAGAAACACAAAAAGCACAAGAAGCACAAGAAGAAGCACCACCGCGAUGAGGGCCACGGUUUCUCCUCUGAGGCUCUGGAGUCGGACUCGGGCCUGUUGAUCCUCAAACCUCCUCAACUCAAACUGAAGAUCAAACUCGGCGGACAGACGCUCGGCACCAAGAGUGUUCCCACUUUCACUGUGCUGCCGGACUCCCUGCGCUCCGUGUCUCCUCUGAAUGUGACCGUGGACAGUGAUGAUGAAGAUGAUGAUGACGAUGAAGACUCUGAUGAUGAAGUGCCGUCAGAGGGAGUCCCUAUAGAGCAGUACAGAGCCUGGCUGGAUGAGGACAGUAACCUGGAGCCGUCCGGAGAUCUGCCCGACAUGGACACCGACUCUCUGCUGGGCCCGGUGGACGAGGAGGAGCAGUGGCUGGACGCGCUGGAGAAAGGAGAGCUGGACGAUAACGGAGAGCUGAAGAAGGAGAUCGACGAGUCUCUGCUCACCGCCAGACAGAAAGCGCUGUUACACAAGCAGCAGAUCCAGCCGUUACUGGAGCUCCCCAUGGGCUACAAAGAGAAAGAGCUGACGGCUGAGAUGAUGCAGAAACGAGAGGAACGAGCCCGAAAAAGACGUCUCCAGGCGGCCAAGAAGGCGGAGGAGAACAAGAACCAGACCAUCGAGAGGCUGACCAAGACCAGCAAGGCCAAGAUCAAGAGCCUGAAGGAGCGUCGGGGCCGACAGACGCAGGUGCCGAUGGUGCGCUACAGCAGCAGUGCUCAGGGGUCAUGCGUUUCAUACCCCUCUGGGAUUCCCGUCCCGAUGCCUGCAGCACCGCCUGCACCCCCGUCUGCACCUCUGAGCUGCGGCGUAGCGGGAUGCGCCAACCUGAAGAAGUACUGUUGCUCCAAGACCGGGACGCCGCUCUGCAGUCUGGAGUGCUACAGGAAAAACCUCGUCCUGCUGCAGGGAGUCGCUUAGAGUGUGUGUGUGUGUGUGUGUGUGUUCACCCAUAAAUAAAAUUAGACAUGGUUUACUCUAGAGCCAUCGGAAGGAACUUAUAUACACCAAUAGAAUGCGUUAAAGGCGAGUAAAUCAUGGCCUAAUGUUAAAUUGUGGGUGAACUGACCCUUUAAAUAUAAAUAUUUUGUGCAAUUAUGUUGAACAGGACAGAAAAAACAAAGACGAUCAGUGAGAAAUCAUGGUGGAGAUUUGUUUGUGCACAUUCACAAUUCACCAAACACAAGCAGUGACUUUAUGAUCAGGUGUAGUUUGUUUACAUUAGUCAACGCGCGCUGUUAAAGGGAUAGUUCACCCAUAAAUGGAAAUCUAAUGUUAAUUUACUCACCCUCAGGUCAUUUAAAAGAAUAAAAUGAGCAUUUACUCA